AAAUAUCGCGGGAUUUCGCGAGAGUAGGCUCUGGUGCGCUGCUGCGCUCUCGUGUUUCACAGUGGGUGGAUGGAGCAGGUGCUCUCUGCUUACCGCCCGCUAUUGCUAGGCGACCAGCGUGCUCAGUGACCCGGUUCAGGCUCCGCCGAGGCUCGCGCUCUCACUCUAACGAGUCUAUCUUUAUCAUCGGCUAAACCCGACGCAGAGUCGUCGUCCCCCCCUCCCCCCCACACACACAGAGUGUUAGGUAGUCUACCGGCCAGCCGAGACAGAAGAUGUCUGGGAAUCGAGUGAUGCUGGUGCUCGGAGUGGCGGUGCUGCAUGCGGUGUAUGCUGUGGCCGAGCCAUUAAUCACCGCAUCAGACCACGUCACCCUGUCAACAGAUUUCCAUGGGACAUCAGUCACACUUCAGUGUAACCUGACUAGCUCUCCGCUCACCCAAAGUGAGAGCUACUGGAUGAAGAAUGGGAAGGAAAUCCAAGGGACACGGACAGACCUGAGGGCCACUGAGUACAUAAUCACUAAACCAAGGGCAGAUGAUGCAGGGGAGUAUAUGUGUGUGUAUACAUUUGACCUUGGCCCUUCUGCCAAUGCCACCAUUGAAGUGAAAGCUGCUCCAGACAUCACAGGACACACGCGCAGUGAGAAUAAGAAUGAGGGGGAGCACGCCCUCCUCUAUUGCAAAUCCGUUGGCUACCCUAAUCCUAUCUGGUCCUGGCGCAAGUUAGACAGCAAUGGCUUUUUUGAGAUUGACAACUCCUCCGGCCGCUUUUUCAUCAGCAGCAUUGGCAACAUCACACAGCUGUCAAUCAUGAACCUGGACAUCAAUUCUGAUCCCGGAGAAUACGAGUGCAACGCCACCAAUAUUAUUGGCACCUCUCGUAUGACCUCAGUGCUUCGUGUGCGGAGUCACCUGGCUCCUCUCUGGCCCUUCUUGGGUGUGCUUGCUGAAAUCAUCAUUUUGAUCCUCAUCAUUGUCAUCUAUGAGAAACGCAAGAAGCCUGACGACGUUCCAGAUGAUGAUGAAUCAGCUGGGCCAAUGAAAACUAAUUCAACCAACAAUCACAAAGAGAAAAACUUACGUCAAAGGAAUACAAAUUAAACCAACCACUAGUACAAUGAAGACAUUCAUAUCAUGACCAUAUGAACGUAACACAUAGGAGUUCACUAUUUAAGAAAGCAUAUAUUGGUGUUAAGAAAGUACUGGUGACAUUCAAUAUAUAUGAGUACUCAAGGCAUGCCUUAUGAAUGUAUUAGCAAGAGGUUGUCUGAUGAGAAACAUUACUAAUAACGGUGUAAAUAUUAGGAACAUUUUAUUGCAUGAUUGUGUUGCUUUCAAUAUUUAUCUUUUAUUCACAAUGCCUUUUCUUUUUCAUAUCACACAAUAGGGAUGUGUAGUGCAUGCAAUAUAUUAACCUGCUGUUUGAGAAAGAUAUGAGGUUAUAUUUGUGUAUUUCAGAGUGACACCAUGUAGAUAAUAUUUAUAUUCCACACAAAUCUUCAACUUUGCAUUAUAAGUCAAUAUGCCCCAUGUUUCUGGUAUGACAGUUUUUGUGCAGUUUAUCAUUUCACUGCAUACCUUUUGGUAAGGUGGCUUAUCAUUUUAUCAGUUAACUUUAUUUAAGUCAUAGGUUAAUAAUGGAUAAGGGCUUUACAAUGUCCUGUAAUGUUUCAUUUUUGCAUAUACUGCACAUUAUUUUUUUUAUGUAUAUAUCAUACCACUGGAAAUAUCCAUAGUUAUUUGAAUGUUAUCCAUUCUGCUGCACUAAGUGUUCAGAAUUCUGAAUUCUGAAUUGGUAAAGUCAUUUUCUAAUGCUAAACCAUGUCUAUCUAUGACUUAGCUUUUUACAUAAGCAUACUAUACAGCAUGGCUUUUAUCCUAUGCAAUAUUU